CCUGGAAGUGGAAUAUCACAGACCUCUCGGCGCAAGAAAUCAAUCCCAUCAUUAUUUUUCUACCCCGUCUUCCGCUGCCCUGUCACUCUAGUCGCGUAACUUCGUCCGUCCGUUUCUUGGUUGGCCAUCACCACAGCACAGACCUGCUGCGCAACAUAUGCUCCUCUAAACGUUUGCGGAUGUCAAGCGCCGACUCAGCAUGAAUCGACAAAUUGAUGACAACCAGUGGUAGAAACGACACAAACUUGAAGACGACUUCGUGGCAGUUUUGAAGGCAAAUGGAAACCUAUUUGAGUGGUGCGGACACGCCGCCGCAGAAAAGAGGUGCAAACAAGGCCGGCCAUAUACUUGGCGGCAUAAUGAAAACCUCUGGAAACAAGCUGUGGGCCGCAACAGACCCCUUGUCAAGCAAUAUGGCGGCGCAUGCAUGGAAGCCUUCUAGAAGGAGUUUCCUCCUGCAGCCGAGAUCUGCUCUCGUCAUCCCCGGCAUCCCCCCCACCCCCCCCCCGCGGUGUCAUUCCCAUUUGCAACCUCUCGCAAACUAUGUACAGCCAGGCCAGCAUCAAUCAACGGCUCCAGCACGUAUUCGGCCUGGUAUACGCCCGCUACGGUAUCAUCCGACAUCAUGGUUCGCCAUAGGUAGCAACAGACCAAAAUAUCACCAUUCGGUGCAACCCCAAUAACACAACACGUGGUGAGGGUGUUGUGAGAGAGCGCUGAAAUGCAUGUUUAAUGUUUCCCAAGGUUUCACACACUCAUAUUCUCUUACCGCCUGUCAGAGAGGCAUGAAGGCCAGCGGCUUGAUGCGAUCUGGUGGUUGCCAACCCCUGUCCAAUCCAUUGGCUUCGCAAAGGAGCCCCAAGGCGGCACAGACGUCGCCGCGUUGGUCCGCGCCGUCACUAUACAGGGGACGUACUUCUGGAACAUGCAUGGAAGCUGCGUGGAAGCUACACAGAAGCCUUCGACGUUGCAUCCGACUUUUUAUACUUAGCGGGAUACCCGUGCCUCGCACCAAUCUCAUCCCACAGGAACAGGUACCUCUGCAUCAGGCCCCUUUGGGCCCAUCUGGCUCCCCCUGGCUGAACCACAUCUGUCUUCCUCCCCCCCAGCUGCCCAUCACCACCCUUUUACGGACCAUGUUCAACUCCGUCUGCGACCAACUCCCCACAUUGACCCCACGAACAGACCAGGGGACUCUACUGCUCCUUUUACUGCCCUUGAUCAAAUAAACACUCGGAAUUGUCCGCAUUUAACAAUGGCCCAGGCCGGAAUAUCACCUUUACCUAUCUCGAUAUCGACGAUUAUGCCUGCAGACAUGAUGGCUCAUCUUGGAUCAGGCCAAGGACAGCCCGGCCUCGUCAUGUAUGGUCUCUAUGGACUAGAUACGUUCGAGCAUGUCGAGAUCAAUGAAUAUCAGGUUCCGUUCCCCAUCAACCGCCGUCGACCAUGCUCAAGCAGCUUUCCCAAGCCUUGCGUGUUCGACAGUAUGGCCUCCUCACCGUCACCAGGCUCUGUUACGACUGCGCCGUCCAGAGAAGGCUCUCGGAUCGGACGACCACCGCAAUGGACAGUUUCACGAUCACGAAAGCUGGCUAGGUUAUACCUCUAUACGACACUUUCCAUCGAGAGGAUUAUCCGGGUGCUUGAAGAUGACGUCUUCAAACCGAGGAAGAAUUCAGCUCAAAAGACGAUUCACAAAAUGCUGGACAACGACCCCCGAUAUCUUCGGCCCGAGUCAAGGAUUGAAAUGAACCAACGCAUCAGUAAUCUUGCUGCCUCUGUCACUCGCCGAAGAAAGAAGACGGCAGUUCCAGCCUACGAAUCAAACCUUCAUGGAGCAACCAUAGACGCCUUGUAUGGCGAGAAGGAACACAAUCUGGCAAGGACUGAAAUUUCGUCAGUAUCCGGCUCAAGCCGUAGGGUAGAGGAAGGCCCUUCCUUUGACUUUGCUGGCUCGCCCGACGCACUCCUUAGUCCCAUUCGAUGGUCGAUACCCCUGAGCGCUCGGACGACAGACGUCACCGACUUUGCGGGCUCUAGUGACAGAGGUUCAGCCAUGGUCCAAGACCUCAAGAGGAGGCUAUCAGACUGUUCCACGCACUUCGCCCACCAAAUCACAUCGUUGAUUAGAGACUUUACUAUUGCUGGAAGUUCACAAGACGAAUUAUCUACUGGCCGCCGACCUUCUGCGGCUCUCAGUGACACGUCUGGGCAAGACGAACUUUCUGAGUUGGGGAUCAGUAACGAGCCAUUCGAAGCCUUCCCCGAGCCGGCCUUCGCAGUACCAGGAGACUUUUUGAGCGCGCACAGACGGAACUGUGCCGACUUUCCAGGGCAGCAACAUGGAGUCGGUGACUGUUGGUGCUCCAUCGCCGGUGAUACUUCGCUGGACCAGAACUCUUGGUUGAUGCCGACAGGUGAAUUGAGUGUGCGUGCACGCCAUGUUCUUAAUCAUCCUUCUCCAGGUAGUCUCAGCCUCCUUGACAGUUUCGGGAACACGCCUCUACACCUCUUCGCCACGCUAGAAGGGUACCAAGACACCCUCUUCAGAAUGGUGCUCAACUGCGAUGUCGAAACCCUGAAGAUUGCGAACACUGCUGGCCAAACAUUUCUCCAUACGCUCAACCUGGAGUGGUUCCUCAACCUUACAGACCCGUCGACACUACUGAAACAACUUCUUUCACACAUCAGAGACUCAGUUCCAGACCUUGUUCACGAGACCGAUGUGUAUGGGCGCACCUUCUUUCACCGCGCCCAUUCCCUCGUUCGGGACCCGGAAGCCCUUGCCAACCUCUUCUCUCCGUUCAACUCUCUUCGGGCAGCCCGCCGUGAUGCCUUCGGCUUCAAUCCUCUUGGCAGCGGCAUCACGGGCGACCAAGGCCCAUAUAUUCCCCCAAGAAGAGGAAAUAACCUUUCACCUCAAGUUGAAUACCUUUCCAGUUCCGCUGGUCCUUCACGCGGUCAUUCUGCCUCUCCUAGCGACAACGACUCGUUCUUAGCCUAUCAUGCUCGUCUUGUCGAAGUCAUCCAGUCAUCCUACAACAACCCACAGGUGGAGGACGCUGAAGGCCGUAACGGAUUACACUGUCUUGCAGAGGCUAUUCUCAACCAGCAGUCCAUGAACCGCCAUGUCUCUUCUUCUGUCGGCGCCCCUUCCAUCCACCAGCGACCCAGUCUCAAACGAAAACUAGACUCUUCCAAAGAGUCAAUCACUUCUUUUCCAUCACCUUCGCCUUCCUCCACCGCUUCUGCUUCGACCGUCUCGAACGAAUCUACCCUCACGACUCGACUUCGCCAUCUCACUGGCCUUCUCCACCACUCACACGUCGAUGUCAACGCCUAUGACAAGUCAGGCAACACACCUCUUAUGGCUUUCAUCACACAUAUUCCAGACGACCAGGACGACAAAUCAAAGACAUUACUCGCCAUUCUUGAAACUAUCAUUCGAGCAAAGGGGUGCAAGAUCGAGGCUAGGAACAGAAGGGGCGAGACAGCCUUGUUGGUGGCGGCUAGGCUGGGCAGGAAGGUAGCACUAACAACACUGCUGGAACAUGGAGCCAAUGUUCACGCCCGAGAUGUGGAUGGGAGGGGGGUGUUGGAGGUGGUGGAUGAAGUUUGCAAGGCGGCUGGGAGGGGAGAUAGAGGGAAGGGUACUGGCAAGGGGGACAUAAGCCUGUAUGCCAGGGCGGAGGCUUGCAGGGUUCUGUUGACUGGGAGGAGGGAUUGGGGUGUUGUUGGAAGGCCUGGGGUAGGGAGGGAGUGGAGGGUGUAA